CGCCACCUCCUCAGUAACUUGGUGAUAAACGAGACACUUUACUCAGACCAGAACUGCGAGCGAGACCUCUCACCAUGUCACCCAUGUGGCCUUGUCUGCUCAGCUUCACCUGCUUGGUCCUGUCUGGAUUAGGAGAGGACGACCAGACUGAAGGAGCAGGUUGGUGUGAGCGUCCAGUCGGUGAGAAGAUGAUCCCAGCAGACAGACAUUAUUAUAAUGUGGGAGAAUCUCUGACAGUGACAUGUGAGACUGGAUAUCGGCCGUCACAUGAGAGGAUCAGUUGUACACGUGGACAGACUAAUGACAAGUGGGAUCAUUACCCGUGGUGUAUCGGUCAGUGUGAGCGUCCAGUCGGUGAGAAGAUGAUCCCAGCAGACAGACAGUAUUAUGAUGCGGGACAAUCUCUGACAGUGAAAUGUGAGACUGGAUAUCGGCCGUCACCUAAAACCAUCAAAUGUACAGACAGACAGACUUGGGAUCGUAACCCGCGGUGUAUCGCACAAUGUAAGAAACUGCAGGACACUGAUAAAUACACAAUUUCUGGAGAUAAAGAUUCCUAUGAUGUGGGAGAAGAUGUGACCGUGCAGUGUAAGACUGGAUAUCGCCCGGUAUACAGCUAUACUAGAUGUCAGAGCCAUGGUCAGUGGUAUCCUUCCCCGUGGUGUGUCGAACGAUGUAAAAAACCCUCAAUAAGUAACCUGGAGAAGAUCUCACUGUCCAAAGAAUAUUAUGACCCGUCUGAGGAGGUGACGUUACAGUGUAAACCUGGAUAUUAUCCCUCAUCGGACAGAAUACAAUGUAUGAAUAAUGGAGAGCGGGACGACUGGACACCGACUGCUGUCUGUAUAGAACGAUGUAAAAAACCCUCAAUAAGUAACCUGGAGAAGAUCUCACUGUCCAAAGAAUAUUAUAACCCGUCUGAGAAGGUGACGUUACAGUGUAAACCUGGAUAUUAUCCCUCAUCGUACAGAAUACAAUGUAUGUAUAAUGGAGAGCGGGACGACUGGACACCGACUGCUGUCUGUAUAGAACAAUGUAAAAAACCCUCAAUAAGUAACCUGGAGAAGAUCUCACUGUCCAAAGAAUAUUAUGACCCGUCUGAGAAGGUGACGUUACAGUGUAAACGUGGAUAUUAUCCCUCAUCGUACAGAAUACAAUGUAUGAAUAAUGGAGAGCGAUCAGACUGGACACCGACUGCUGUCUGUAUAGAACGAUGUAAAAAACCCUCAAUAAGUAACCUGGAGAAGAUCUCACUGUCCAAAGAAUAUUAUGACCCGUCUGAGGAGGUGACGUUACAGUGUAAACCUGGAUAUUAUCCCUCAUCGGACAGAAUACAAUGUAUGAAUAAUGGAGAGCGGGACGACUGGACACCGACUGCUGUCUGUAUAGGAGUCAAAGUGACCAAGAAAAGUGUGACCCCGAGCAGCAUCAUCCUGAGCAUUGUGUGCACCCCAGACCGCUGCAGGGACGCCCGGACAUCUCCUGUAUCCACCUGUGUGUACCAUGGAAAAGUCUAUAAAGGAUGUACAUAUGGUGCUGGAGACGUGACCUUCUCCGACCUGGAUCCAUUCACACAAUAUACAAUCACAGUAUACCACACUGGUCAGCCAUGGCGGCCUCUACAGACGUUCUAUAUCACAACUGCUGAAUCAGCUCCGGCAGCUCCAGACAUUGUGCGGACGCCCAGCAUGGAGGACGGUACAAUAGCCUGGACGCGGUCUAACGCACAGGGGAACAUCACUGGCUUUCAGAUGAACAUCGUGGCCUGGAGAGAUUAUAAUUCUUCCUUCUCCUUGAAUAUAACUGAAAGGUUUCCCCCCAACAUUACCCAGUAUAAAAUGAAUCUGCAGCACGGGACCAAUUACACAUUUCAUCUGCGAGGAUUCACAUCUGCAGGAGGUGGCGAAUAUAAAAGUACCAGCGUAGAAACCCCAAUCGGAGAUCCUCCUGUCCCGACUGUUGCAAUAAAGGAUCUAACUUUACAGCUUCAACCGGUGUCUGAUGUCCAUGGACCAAUCAGUCAUUAUGAAAUAAUUAUCUUUAGUGAACCAAGAAGUAACAGGAGUGACUGUCUAGGAGUGACUCGCACACAUUACAACUCCACCCUGACCCCCUACACUGCGGCACUCCUCCCUGCGCACAACCUGACAGAGUUGAUAACACUGGGAGAUAGUCAACAUUAUGGUGGCUUCUAUAAUGCUCCUCUCAUCCCAAACCUGGAGUACAUGGUGUAUGUGCGGGUCACCAGCACAUGGAAGGAGGAUAAGUCGUCGUGUGUGUUUCUGGACUUCUUCACAGCUAAAGAUCUGGUCCGUGGCCCGGCUCCUGUCAUCGCGGGGUCUGUGGCUGCUCUGCUCUUACUCCUGGUCUUACUGGUUCUGGCUGGUUUAUGGAGGACUGGAUUUUAUCGGAAAUUAAAAAAGACAGAAGAAAUGCCGCUAAAGUCUGGACUGGGCAAGAAGAACAUUCCUGUUGAGAAUUUGUUGGACGUCGUUAAAACCUUGCGCUAUAAGGAAAUGUUUAAUAAUGAAGAAGAUGAGGAGAACGCCAGCAUCUUACCUGCAGGGCGUUACCUGGAAUACAAGGAACUUCCCAGUGGAUUAUUGCAUCAGUGUGAAAUCAGUCAAUUCGAGGAAAACAAGAAAAAAAAUCGCUAUAAUAAAGUUGUACCUUAUGAUGAUUCCCGGGUGACGCUGAGAUCAAGUCUCUCUGGAUCGGAUUAUAUUAACGCUUCUUAUAUCAAUGGUUACAAAGCCCACAAAUAUUACAUAGCUACACAAGGUCCUCUUCCUGAAACAGUAGCUGACUUCUGGAGCAUGGUGUGGCAGGAGAGCAGCUCCGUCAUUGUCAUGUUGACUGCUCUUAAGGAAAAGAAUAAGGUAAAAUGUGAGCGCUACUGGCCAGAAGAAACCCAGACCUACGGGGACAUCACAGUCUCUCUACAAAGAGUCAUUCAGACCGGAGCCAUCAUCACCAGGAGCUUUAGCCUGAAGAAGGUGCAGUCGACAGUACAGAUGACGGUGGAGCAGCUGCAUUAUCUAGAGUGGCCGGACCACGGCGUGCCCAGUAAGGCGUCCAGCCUGGUGCAACUGGUGGAGCAGCUGAACAAGAGUAACACCCCGGGCUCGGGCCCAGUCAUUGUGCACUGCAGCGCUGGGAUUGGAAGAACCGGGACGUUGAUAGCUUUGGAUAUCCUCCUGAAGAUGGCGAGAGAUGUGAAGAAGGUGAAUGUGUUCAGCUGCGUCCAGCGGCUACGAAAGAGCAGAGUGAACAUGGUGCAGAACAAGGAACAAUACGCCUUCCUAUACGACAUCCUCCUGGAGGUGCUGCUGUGCGGCAUGACCAGCGUACCUGUGCCGGAAAUCAAGAGACACCUUAGUCACAUGACCAGACAGGACCCCUGCACUGAUAUGGACGGGUACGACAGGGAAUUCCAGGCUUUGGAGGAAAUAACGGAAUUAUAUCAGAUUUAUCCGUGUGAAGAAGCGAAGAAACCAGAAAAUCUGAGGAAGAACCGGAACUCCAGGAUACUGCCAGAUGACCACUCUCGUCCCAUUCUGCUGUCAUCGUUGACAAGAGAUAGCACCCCCGGGUACAUCAACGCUGUUUUUGUAAAUUCUAACUGUCUCGACGAUGUCAUGAUUGCCACCCAACUGCCCAUGGAGGAGACUCUGAAGGAUUUCUGGUCCCUGGUCUGGGACUACAAGUGUACGUCGGUGGUGAUGAUGCACCGGGCCCGGGACCUGCAGCAGAUCGGCUUGUUGCACUUUUGGCCACAUCGGGGAGAAUCCAGUUAUGGGGGCUUUAUCGUCAUGGCGACUGUCAAUCAGUCAGAGAACGGCUACAGGCGGACGUCGCUGAGUGUGAGGAGGGCUGGCGAGAUGUUGGACUCUGCCCUGGACGUGACGCUGUGGCAGCUGGACUCGUGGCCCCUGGAGCGGGAUCUCCCUCACAAUCCGUCCGCCCUCGUCACCCUGAUCGGGGACGUGGAAAAACGUCAACAGCAGAUGGCGGACAGCCACAUCCUGGUCACCUGCAGUGACGGUGCGAGCCGCUGCGGACUGUUCUGCGCCGGCCUGUUUCUCUGUGAUCAGAUCCGCAGUGAUGGCGUCGUAGACGUGUCCCAGGCCGUGCGGUUGCUCCGGAAAAGACGCUGCCAGUUUAUCCCUAGUAAGGACCAGUAUUCCUUCUGCUUUGCGAUGGUUCGGAGCUACUUGGAUUCAUUUGAAACUUACGGAAACUUCAAGUAGCAGCGUCGUCUAUGAGAGGUUCCUGGAGGAGAUGCUCCAUUCACUGACUGGUGACAUGAUGAGACCUUCACCAUAGAAUUCCUGUCAUAUGGACCAAAUAUCAUCUUUAUCAUCAUCACUCGCCCAGUGACCACCAUGACCAUGUACAAUCACGAGGCGCCUGGGGCGAGGAACCGUACACUGGGGUCAGCACCGUCACCUUUGGUCCUGGAGGCAAAACUGAGCAGAUAACACCAGCAUGGACGCCCCGGAUCUAAAGGGAUUGAGAGUUCUCGAGGCAUGGAUGAUGAGAGUGAUAUAUUGUGUGUGAUAUAGGGAGAUUAGAUUGUGAGCUCCUGGGAACAGAGAUUAUGGGAGUGAUACACUGUGUGUAAUAUAUGGAGAUUAGAUUGUGAGUUGCUGGGGGCAGGGAUGAUGGGAGUGAUGUAUUGUGUGUUAUAGGGAGAUUAGAUUGUAAGCUUCUGGGGGUAGGGAUGAUGGGAGUAAUCAUUGUGUGUUUAUUUGUUUUCAUAAACAUUAUAUAUUAAAGUAUGAAUAACACAGAUUUUCCGGUUUCAUCAUUGUCUUGUGAGAUGGGGAAACAGCUCUCAUUGUCUGAACUCUGU